CUAUCCAUUGGGCUUUGUGAAAAUGCGGACAACGAAUGGGCAGGUCUUUGAAGUGAAGGUAUAUGAGUUAGCAAACUUCUGUUAUUUUUACAAUGGGUGGUAUUCUGUUGUUGAAACUUUGAAGCUACAAUCUGGAUCCUGGCUGGUAUUUCAGUAUGAAGAAGCAUUAUCAAGUUUCCGAAUAUUUUAUUUCUAUGACAAUAUUGAAUUUGCUCCAUCUGAUUAUUUUUACUACAGACCCAAUGGUGCUUUUGAUAAACCGGAUGCUAUGCAUAUCAAUCGUUUAUUUGUACAUCACAAGAUGGACAAUACCAUCCCAAACUAUCCAGUAGUUAUUAGAGGUCCUGGAAAGCUUAAAGUGUUUGUUCGAAUGGAAGUUUUUGACAAUCAGCUUUACAUAACAACUGGAUGGGAUCGGAUUAAGAAGAAAUUGUCAAUAACUGAUGAGCAUAUGCUUGUGUUUGAAAUGAUUGAUCUUCACAAUUUUGAUAUGUUCGUUUUCAAUUGUUCAAAGAAUGCUGAUUUAGUGUUGCCGCCGGAAUUAUAUGCUGCUGCUGUUAAGGAAGAAAUUGAAGAAGACGUUAUUAGUAUUUCUGAUGCUGAAGAUGUGGAUGAGGUUAGUAAUCGCACAGAAGCUAAUAUGCUCCCUGUAGCCAGGAAUGAGGAAACUAUUCCAAUAGUUUUCCGUGUGGACAAUCAUUUUCGCAUUAAAAAAACAUCUUGCUAAAAAAUUGGCUUGGAUAGGAAGAGGUGUUUAAAGAUUGUAGAUGCUGAAGGUAAUGUUUGGGAUGUUCAAGUGGGAAUCGAGGCUCCGGAUGGUCGGUUUUACAUAAAAAACAUGAAGAAUUUUGUGAAGGACAAAAAGAUGGUUCCUCGUGAAGAAUUUACCCUUAAGUUCGUGAUGGGUAAAGGUAUUUUCUUGUUUGACUGAAUGCUUGUAUGGCUGUUGGAGUUGAUGUUAUGAUGUAUGGAAACAAUGUUUUUUGUAUAUGGUUUUUGGUUUUUGGUUUACUUAAAACUGUUUUGUAAUAGUUG